UCCUUGCAAAAAAUGGAGUUUUCGGCUCUAAAACUCGGCCGUUUCUUGCAAUAAUUCGUUCUUGUUCUUGUUCUUGUUCUUGUUUCUCGAAGGUUUUGAAUGGAUCUGAUGAUGAUGAGCUCGUGAGCUCGUAAAAAGAUGUUGAGAAGCUCAAAAGAAAAGGGUUUUGGAGGCAAAGAAGAAGGAAUCAGUGAUGAAAAAUAUGAUAUGGCUAAGGGUUCAACGAGGUCAAGGCAGUGGUCAGGGUUUAGAAAUCCAAGAAUUGUGAGGGUUUCUCGUUCAUUUGGAGGCAAAGAUAGGCAUAGCAAAGUGUGUACUAUUAGGGGUUUGAGAGAUAGAAGGAUAAGGCUUUCAGUUCCAACAGCAAUUCAACUCUAUGAUCUUCAAGACAAGCUUAAACUUGGGCAGCCUAGCAAGGUCAUAGAUUGGCUACUCGACGUCACGAAACUUGAUAUCGACAAGCUUCCGCCGCUCCAGAUCCCGACCGGGUUGUCUCCGUUUCACCAACAUAUGCUCUUCCCUCAAUAUCAUCAUAAUUCUAGUACUCUCCCUCUUCCUCUUCCUACUCCUCCUCCGUUUGCCUUCGACAUGAAGGAUCCUUCGAUGAUGCAUAUCAGAGACGUUGUGAAUCAAACGACGAUGAUCGAGAAAUCGAAGUCGAAAGGGAAGUGGAUUGAUGGAGGUAAUGAUCAAGAAGUUGAAGAUUAUAAUGAGCAAAUUAUGAUGAACAAUUGUAAUGCUUACAAUUACAACACUUGUGAUCAUGAUCAUCAACAUUCUUGUGGGGUUUUUCCAUCACAAAUUGAGGCUCAAACAAGUUCAUCUUCAUGUUCUUCACUUGUUUUCACUCCAUAUGCUUCAUACAUCACAAACCCAUUUGAAAGCCACAUCCAUUUCUUGAGCUCAAAUUCUCAUACUUUGUCCAAUCCCUUCAUACCAUCAUCUCUCCACCCUUUUGCCUCACAAAACUUGAAACCCUUUCCUCCAAACUUCAAUCUCAAGCAGCUUCUUCAUGCUGGCAACAACGACGGCGGCGGCUCCGGUAAAGACGGGGCGGCGUCUGGUAGCUCAUAGAGUGGCCGUGGCCGAUAGAGACGGAGCAAACUCUCUUGAAGGGCGUGAUUAGAAAA